CAGCAACAGCCACGAAAAGCGGACGGUACGAAAAAUUCGUUGACCACGAUAAAUAUUCACUGUUUUUCCCAUAAAAAUCGCAUAAACUAAACAAACGUGGAUAGAUCCUAUUUGAAGUCGUCCCAUCGACAAAACAGCGCCUGAAACUGUUUAGAAAAUUAUGCGAAUUAUGUGAUUAAUUUUCUAAAAAUAAAAAGAGUAACGUAACUCACUUGAUAAAUACAACAUUCGCGGAGCAAAAUAUGUAAAAAAUGGAGCUGAUAAAAAAAUACAAACAGGGAAAGCUAACCACAAGCGACAUACGCACCAUAAACCAUAUUGUAAUAUGUCUGAUGGUGUUUAAUGCCAUAGUUUCCCUGCUGUGGUGUGUAUCUUUGCAAAUGUUGACGGCGGAUCUGCGCGAGGGAAUCGUUAGUGCCAAACUCAUCUUCCGAGAGCGAAACUUUGACCUAAUGAAUAAUCAUAGCAAGGAAAUCCUGCAUAGGGAUUUCUUAAAAGCCACCCAAAGUGCAUAUGGUCAAAAGUAUUCCGUGCAAGAAGUCACUCCCGGAACGCCUGAGAGCGAAAGCCAAAGUGGUAGGCCAAUCUUUAAGAUAUCGCAUAUCUACGAGUCGCUGGAGAACCGACCCAAAUUGGAAAGAUUGAUCGCAGACCAGAAGGUUGAACAGAUCCAAACCACCACGGCGGCUCCAACUCCAAAGAUUGUGUUCAAUGCCGAGGCAGAUCGUCAGUUUCUGAGAACCAUGUUCCUCGACACCCAUGCUUCCCAUUGGAACCGUGCCAUUGGCGCUCAGUUUGUUAACACAUUUCCCGUAAUAUCCGUGGUCGUGGCUAUAAUUUGGACAGCCAUGUGUCUGAUUUUUCAGACGGGUAAAAAAAAGAACUCAGUCCUGCCUAAACCGUGGCGCAUUGUGGUGCCAUCGAUAGUUAUAUUUUCGGUGAUGAGCCUUGGUAGUGUUGUGUACACGAUUCUAACCAAUGGACAUUUGAAGCGCUUGUGUGGCCAAUUGAGAGGGAAUCUGACCAACCCAACAGGCAUUAGCUGUGGGAGUGCCAUAGCCCUAUUGCGCCCAAUCAUCCACGAUCAUAACGUGUCACACGAUGCCUACCUGGACCUGUUCCGUUCCAGCUACGUAAUCGUAAUGGUUUUGUGGAUUGUGGCCCUCUUUAUAAUGGUACUGCGCUUCAUCUUUGCUGUGGACUUUCAGCUGGUGGACAUAGAUGAAAUGUUCGAUCAGGGGAGAAAUGGAUCGGUUUUUAUUCAACCGGUUUACACAGAGAUCCUGCAAAAGAGCAGUCCACAGCAUCAGAAGCCGGCGAGACCCAAGUCGGAGGAUGACUACCAGAGUGCCAGAUCGCACAUCAGUGAUCUGGCAGUGCCACUUCUGGAGGUACAGAGUCAGUCCCAGAUUCCGCCUUCAAAUUUGGCCUAAGAACCAAAAUCGGGCAAUCAGAUUCGCAAUCUCAGGUUUAUUUUUAUACGAUUUGAUUAGGAUUAGGAAUAGUUUAAGGAUAUUUUAUCUAAACUAACCGAAGAAUAAGUUUUAGCGUGCUUCACAUUGGAAGCUUUUAAAUAAUCUAUAUUUAAAUGUAACAUUUUUUGUAAUCAUAGUGAACUCGUGCCUCGAAAUCAAAGUUAACUAAACUAAACUUAUUCAAAUACUGUUAGCCUUUAAUUCUAAAGUGG